UUUGGAGCCCAGUCUUCUUGGCUGUUGACAUGUGGAGGUUCUUUGUGUUUCCCUGCUGUCAGAGGUCUCGUAUGGUGUUUCGUGUAUUUAAAUGUCGCCUUUCUGAUAUUUAAACUGUGUUGUAUUCGGUAUAAAUGGACCCGAAGAUGGUCGAACCCAACGAGAAAGCUACCUAGAAAUGUCUAGCUGUGAUAAUUUUGUGGAACAGCUUUGGAGAAAGGGGAAGUGCGCGAACUGCUUUCAGUCUCGCGACAAACAUCAAAACGCUGUCAACAAACACGAAGACGCCACUUUUACCGGUAGUGGUACCGCAAACUGCAAACCAAAACGAGUGGUGAUUCCUCCACAAAGCCCUAAAAAUCAGAAUUUCGAAGCAUGUAGUGUUGAAAAUACGGAUAAUCUAUUUAAACAGGAACGAGGAAAGGAGGGAAUUGAUAAAGGAAAUGGUGAGAAGAGCAUUAAUAAAUCCAUUACACCUUGCACAAUUCACGCCAUUGGAGCCAGCAAAGAUUGUAGUAGCACUGUGACUGAUUUUAGUAAAAAGGCACAGGAUUUCAAAUCAUCUACAGUUCUUAAACCUAGGCCAGUACCAAGACCAAAACCACGACCGGCUUCUCGAGCAGUGGAAUUUAGUUGUGGCGCUGUAAGUCGCGAUGAAAACCCACAAGAAUCGGCAGAUGUGUUAAACGGUCUCACAUCGUUCGAGAAUUCUCUUGGGAAUUCCCAUGCCCAACCAUGUAACGCAACCUCCUCAGAAAUUCCCUUCGAGAGUGGAUCUUCAAUAUUGGAUCACGGUGAAAAAUCGGAGCUGGAAAACAGAUCUGACACCGAAACAAACAGCGAGACAAUAGAAAAUGAAGUAGGUGCAGUUGAAUUGGGGGAGCCGAAGAAUGAUGCGGAAUUUUCAAAUGUGAACAAAAGUGACCUUCUGACUUUACCAGCUAAUAUUUCCAUCGAUUGUUCAACCGAAACCGAAGCAGCCGAUCCGUUGUCUACAAAUGCGAUCGAAAACGACGAUUCAAGCGACGAAUAUGUACCGAUGAAAAGCAAUAUAGACUUGUUUGGUGUUGAAUCUGAUCCUCUACAUGAAGUAGUUCGUGAGACAGAUGUUUUGAAACCAAACUGCGAAAGCGACAGUGACUCGAAACAAAUGGCGAUUAGCGAAAAUCGAAUGAAAGUUGCAUGUGGCUCACAAAUCGACGAACAAUCGUCGUCUUGUGUUUUAGAAUUUCGUAAUCCGUUGUGCAUGAUCACAAACAAGAUCAGCGACACUAGAACUACUGAUCUAGACACUGGUGAGUCUGACAAAAUGAAUAAUAAUCACGAUAAUCCUAAAAAGAUUAUUUGUAAAUCUUCUAGUAUCACAGAGCCAAAUUACGUAAAUAGACCAUCAAGCUCAAGCAGUGAAAGUGCCGUGUCCAGCAGUCAAGAUUCGGGUUAUGAAAACACUCGAAAGUCGAACAGGGGUAAUUCUUUAAACAAUGCCUCGGGCAAUGGGUCGGUUCUUGUAGAACAAGAAGUAGGCUUGGCAGAUAUUUCAGUUACUAUCACUCCUACUACAAGCGAUGGCUAUUGUGUUAUCGAGUCUAGUGGAACCUCAAGUAGUUCUUGGGGAAGCAGCACUUGGGACAGUUGUAGUACAUCAGAUUUUCACGAAAACAGUGGUGAAGCUGUGGCUGCUAAAAAUUCCCUUGGAAAUUUGAACACCAGAAAUGACAAACCUCAUUUGGUGGCAUCCCCCAAAGUGGCAGUAAAUGGACAGUCCAUAGCAAAAGAAAAACUCCAAAGUAGCAAAACGGGACCUUUUUAUGUAAAUACAACAUUGAAACCAUUUACAAAACCAUAUAAAGUGGUUGACAUAAGUGCUGGUGUUGCUGUUCCUACAACAGAGACCCAAAAUGAUGCACCACCCCUACCCCCAAAAGAAAAAGAUUUAAAGAAAGAUAGAGCUGAGGAAUUGAAUCACAUUUACCUGGAACCCAGUGAGGAAGUUGCAACUAGCCCAGAACAAGCUUUGAAAAAUGAAAAGGAUAAAAAACCUAUUUCCAAGGCAAGUGCUUCUCUAAACUCUUCACUCAGUAAAGCUUCUGGCAGUGCAAUGGACAAGAGCUCAGCUGUACGAAGGGCUCCAGCACCAAGACCUCGUUCUAGAAUACCAUCUCAAUUUGGCACCUUACCUAAGCCUGCCCCCCGCACAUCAAGAAUUCUUAAUGACACAGUUGUCAAGGUGGACAGCAAAGAGCAAAAAGUGGUUACAAUGACUCCACCAGUUGUUUCAAUAUCACCUCUUCCCACCAACCCACCUUCAGACCCACCCCCUCUUGAAAGACGGCCAUCAUUUACAAAACCAAAUCAGGCUCUGACAAGUCCUGCCUCUCCCCCACCCCCUCUGAAGGACAUUGUGGAGCCUAGGAGCUCAGAAAAUCCACCUAAAAAUGCACCUUUGAGUCCUGUAAGUCCUGUCAGCAAUCAAAGUGGGGCAUUAGGGGGGUUACAGAAUGGGCCUGUGAAACCCAAAAGAAGUGCCCCACCACCUCCCCCCUCUGCUUCCAGUCCCCCACCGCCAAAGUCACCUUUGCCUCAACCUGUGACGCCUGUUAAGUCAGCUAGCCCCAGUACUUCUCAAACGAAAUCUCAGCAAGUGUCAUCUCCAGGUCCCAGUCCAUCUCACCAAGAAAGUCCGCCAGUCUCAUCACCAAGCCCCAGUCCAUCUCAGUCAAAAUCCCAGUCCAAGUCUAAAGCAACCCGAUCAUCUAGCUUCACAGGACCACAUGACGCCGACACGGAUACAAGCCCCGCAAAACUGUCUUCUCCGAAAUCGACGAUCAGAAGAGCUUUUGCAAGCAUGAAGAAACUGGGAGGUAAAAAGAAACACAGGCACAGUAAGACCAUAGAGAUUAGUGCUCCUAUAGCAGUGAAUGAUGAGGUGCCAGGCUUUUUGGAGCAGAAAGAGGCAGUGCGGCGUCGGACCUUUUCCGAAGUUAAGCCUCUACAAACCGAGAAGAGCAGGUUAUUAGAACCAAAUGAGAUCCAGUCCGUAGAACCUUUUACUAGUUCCCCUGACUCGGUACUCUCGCCUGCUACAGCUGAAUAUGCUUCUUCUGCUACUCCUCCCUCCGCUGUGGAAUCAUCAGCCGUCGAGGAAAAAUACAAUAAGAAAGGGUCUCCCAUUAUGCAGACUAAGCCAGGGAUUGGCUACCAGAACUUUCCUCUGUCAAAGGGAGGAGACACCUUAGAGCGUCCGAAAAAGCCUCCUCGCGUUGCGAAAGUCGUCAAGCCAUGGCAGCACAACGAGCCGACGCCAGAUAAAGGUACAAACCAGCACGAGGAAGAACCAACUUAUCUACAACCCAAUGAAGAUGAGUUUACAAUCAAAGUAGAAACAGCUUUAGCCAAUUUGACUGAUGCUGAAAUCCUCGCUGAGGCCCUAUCAAGAGUGGAGCAAGAAUUACUUGGACCACUGCCAGCCAUUCCUAGAUCCCGACAGGUUCAUUUCCCAAGUGAACAUUCUGAUGGCUCAACUACUUCUGCGGUUGGCAAACCAGACCUCACGAAGCGUCCUGUACGGGUAGUUUCCCCAACCCUCGUCAAUGGGUCAGGGGACAAAGGUGAUUCCAAAUCUCGCCCCAGACUUCCUUCUAGACCACCAAAUACAAAGCCAGCGGAACAGCCAAUGCGAGAGCGAUCCCAAAGCCUAAGAACACAAGUUUUGGACAGACAGAAACCUCCAGCUUUACGUAUGCGAAGUCAGUCGAUGACUACAAAUGUUCUAGAGAAGCGCUACAAUAAGAUUUUGAAACUGCAGUUGCAAACGCUGGAGGAAGUGAUUCAUUCUUGGCGAAGGGAAUUGCUGCCUGACCCAGAACUGAACUUGUCUGACACACGGUGGUCAGACUACGAGCUUUGUGGUGAUGCCCUGAGCGUGCAAUGUCCAGGAGCAGUUCUACUGCCCGUGAAAUGUGCCGUGUAUUGGGAAGGAAACAAGAAGUUGCUUGCCAAGGUGGAAUACCCGCUGCAUUCCAGAACUCGCUCUUCGGAACCUUCACCUAACCAGCAGGAUAUGCGUGUAUGCGAGGCCCUGCCAUAUCACGUGAAUAUAUCUCGUGUGCUGACGCAUUUUAUUGAUCACGUGCCUGGUGAUGCAAUUGGGCAGCCCGACUGUGACUCAUACGAGACACUGGUGAGCAUCACAGAUCAAAUUCCUUGUGAAACUGUCGCUGACUUUCUCAGUCGGACCAUUGACGAACACAAAACCGAUCCAGAAACCUACGAGAAGAAGAUAUGUCUGCUAAUUCUUCAGCUUUUGAGUGCGCUGAAUCAUUUACACAAAGACGCCGUUGUUCAUCGCGACUUGAAAGCCGAGAAUCUUUACAUCCUGGAGGGCGAGCUCGUGGUAAUUACCAAUUUCCAGUGUGCGCUCAAGCAACCCAGAAGCACUCAACCCAAUCCCUUUAUUUCAAGCAAGAGCACGUCGAGCCAUUUUGGCGGCAACCCUGAACAUCUUCCGCCAGAAAUUGUAAAUGCGCCAAAAGACUCAGAGCAGUUGAAUUAUGAAGACUGCGACACUUUUGCGGCUGGUUGUUUAAUUUACGAGUUCCUUCACAGACACAAUCCUUUUGCUGCUAACCCGAGCCUUGUCAAGCAGAGUUAUGACCAAACUGAUCUUCCUCCAGUUCCCUUCAAUUCGCGAUAUUCCAGGGGACUGGGCGCGAUUGCUCGUCAGUUGUUACAACGUCACCCUCAGGAGCGUCUGUCUGCUAUGGAAGCCAUUGAAAUGCUUCCGGUGUUGCUAUGGGGACCGAAAGAUCUUGACGAUGACAGCAUAGACAACGCCAUCGGUGAUUGGCUAGAAACGGAGCGAGCACAUACAGUGGCAAUGAUUGCGCGAAACCAAAUCCAACAAAGUUGCAGCUCAGACGAUUUCAUGGAGACCUAUAUGAAGUGUCAGUUCCUUGUGGAUGCUUCCGUGGAGACGAUAUCACACAUUUAUCAGCAGCUUGAUCUCGACCAGUGAGGAUGUACUGAACCAGGUUCAAACUGAGGAAUGUAUCUCUUAAUCAAUUGAUGAACCUGUUUGUUUACCCGGUACAAAUGUAAAUCACGUGAGUUACUCGAAAAGAGUCUUUUUGUUGUUUACAAUCACGUGGUAAAAACUCAGGCAUGUCUGAACACACGGUACCAUUUACUCUCUGCAGCAAAGCGAUUUUAAUCACCUAACUUUGAUUGUCGUCGUUUUGGACCUCUUCCCUGUGCAUACCUUGUGCCUCAGCAAGGCUGAUUUGGUAUCACGUGAUUGUAGUUGUGGUGGAACGUGAGCGAAAAAGAAAUUCUCACUGAUACCUUAUUUCCUUGCCCAUGGGACUGAGAACGAAUAUGUUGUCGUUCGAAACUGACGGCUUUAUGUUGGUUAUUGUUGCAAGGCCAAUCAGGAAUUUCAUUAGGCAGCGAGACGAGGAAAGUUCGUUUGCUUGCAUAUUGGCAUAGAAUAACCAAAAUAUACUCAAAUAUUAUUUAAAACGCGGGUGCAUACUUCGCUUUAAGUAUAUCAGUGUUUGUCCGCAAACCUCGCCUUGUUUAAUUUGGGUCCCAUUUUAAACUAAAUGGUGGCAAAUAAAAAAAUUUGAUAAAUAUAAUUCACAAUAGACGUUAUUAGAUGAUUUUACAAAGUAACCAUUUGCUACUUCAAGAGUUAGAGGAAACCAAGUUCUCCUAAAGUUAGUUUAGUUUAAAAUUAUAGAUAUUCUAAGGGGGUGAUAUUUAAAAAUAGCCUUUACGAGUAGGUUGAAUUCCCCGUGGGUAUGUUGUAGAGUGGCAAACUUCAGAGAGUUAUCUUUGGAUGUCUUCGUCUAAUCAGGCAUUUCAAGUUAUUUUUAAAUGUUCUUUCCUUUGCGUGAAUAAUUUUAUGUUAUAUUUAGGUAUUUUAAGAAUAUAUAUUUAUAAUUGGUUGUCAUAAGUGACGCCUGUAUAAAAGUUGAAAUUAUUUUUUUUCAAUUUUCCCCCAGCAAGGAAAUGUGCAUAAUUGUUAACUGUUAUUUAACGAGGAAACAUUUUCCCAGCCUAGCGUAGAAAGCUUAACGUUAUUUUUUUUGUAUCUUUUUAAACUGUCUGGGAAAUUUCAUUGCUUCGAAUUUACGGAAAUGUAUUUUAUUUCAAGAAUAUUGAAAAUUUGGAAUAUUGUCAUGGUCAAAGGAACAGUUGGGGAGCCAGUGACGUUUGUGGACGAAUUUAAGUGAAACUCACUAGGGCUCAAAAUGAUCAUCAGAGAGCACUCUAAGAAACUUAUACAGAACAAUAAACCCUUAGGCAAAAAUUGACUGAUUCACAGUGUUAAAUGGUACGGACUGGCCUACGAACAAUAUCUUGAUUAGGAAUUAGAAUAAACAAACCCUCAGAUAUGGAUAACUUGGUUCUCAAUCACGUGCUCUUACGCCGAAAACCUUUGGUGAACUUUUGGAAGGUUUUUGCUGCUUUCAAAUUGUAUAGAAAGAACGGAAAAUUAGUUAGUCCACGAUGAUUUUCCGAGAACGAGACUUGCUCCCCGACCAGUUACAAGAUUGUUGGUCUUAACUUAUUUGGAAGUAAUGCUGAUUAAAGAAAUAGGAACAUUAUUUA